CAGGUAGCUGACAGCGGCUACAACAGCAUGGCUUCAGAAACUUCCUUCAGACCACAUCAGUCGCAACCCCGUCCUCAAGCAACGCCCAUUUCCAGAGAAGACGACUGGGAUAUGGAUGAAAUUCCAGAUGAUGACUUCAGAAGCAUUCCAGACAAUUUUGACGAUUUUCCACAAAAUGUGGUGGACGAUGUUCCCGAGGACUUUGAUGACAUCCCAUUAGAAGAGCUGGAGAGUGUGAUGUGCCCGAUCGAUUCAGAAUGCAAACCUGAUGCAAUCCAGCCCAAAAUUAAAGAACCAAGACUUUUAAGUUUUCGCUCUAGAACUACUCUUAACAGCAGAAACUUGAAUGAAGUACAUGACGCAUCUGUUGCUAGUUCCUCUACAAACACAGUUGAGGAGCCUGAAGCAAACUUACCCAACCAACCCAAAACUGAAGAACCAAGCCAGACUUUUCGCUCUAAAACUCUGCUUGGCACCACCAACCAAAGCCGAAUCUUCAAUGAAGUUCCUCGUACAUCUAUUACAAGUUCCUCUACCAACACAGCUGGAUCUUCUGGUUUCGAACGAGAGGCACCUACUCCACCGUACCUCUGCAUGCUACAGGCUGGCCACUGGCCGCCCGCCAAAGUUCAGACUUUACGACUACAAGCUUUCAUUGUUACACUCAAAGGAAAUUUGCGCAGUAGUAGUGGCGUGUGGCAACUCGGGGCCACCAUAUCAGAUGGAACCGGGUACUUGGAUGUGGAUCUGUCCGACGCCAUGCUCUCCAAACUCAUCGGCUACACGGCACCAGAGGCUCGAGUGCUACGGAAAGACCUGGCGAGACGCGGUGAGGUGGACAGCGGGAUUCAGCAUUGUCAAAGAGAGCUGGUGGAUAUGUGCUGUAUGAUGAGCGUGCAGGUGGAUCAGACGGGCAGAGGAGUUGUGUUGUGUGCCAGUCCGCUCUCUGACAAGGAAUGCUCCGAGAUACAGAAAAGAGUGAAAGAGAGGAGGAACUAAGCCGUACUUAUUCUCUGGACUCUCUUUUAACCUAAUCUGACAGUGUUAGUGCUGAUCCAGUCAGUGGUUUCUUUGAUAUUUUAGUAGAGUAACUCGUUUUGGUUCUCUCAGUCUGAAGAAAACGGCUUAUAAUGCACUUCACUCAUAUCCGUUACAUUUCAGAAUCCACUGUGUUCU